UUUCCAGUGUCUGCAAGUCAGCGGCGGUUACCAUGUUCCAGCGCCUGAAGCAGAUCCCCUUCACCGUGCCCUCCCACGCCUCGUCGCCCGCCUACAGGAGGUCAGAGGUCAGCACGCGCUCCCUGGACGAGGGCUCGCUCGUUGGCGGAUCUGAACCCACGUCUCCUACCGGAAAGAGGCCUUCUGUUGAAAUCCCAGGUGCCUAUGCUCUCGGCUCCAUCGACCCCAGUCUGUACAAAAUCUCGGAUGAAGAUGAUGACUACGACAUUCCCAGGGACCAUCUGGGUCGCAUCUGGUUCGCUGUGGAGUACGAGCUGGAAACAGAGAAACUUCUCGUCACCCUCAUCAAAGCCAAGAACCUGCCGAGCCGAGCUCUGGGUAGCGACAAUGGAUGUGAUCCUUUUGUCAGAAUAUAUCUCAUGCCCGACGAAAGAAGAUACUUGCAGUCGAAAUUUCGAAAGAAAACAUGCAACCCCAAGUUUGAAGAGAGUUAUGUUUUCCAGGUUUCCCACAGAGCCAUCGAGGACCGCAUCCUGAAGCUGACGGUGUUUGACGUCGACAGACACAAACGACACAACGUCAUCGGCCACGCGCUCUACCCGCUGCGAGACCACGCCUGUGAGAGCAACGAGCGUCUCGUCAUCUGGCGAGAUUUGGAACGAGAAGUGUCCGAGUCAACAACCAACAACGGUGAGCUGCUGGUGUCCCUUUGCUACAACAACCACCUGGAGAGACUCACCGUUGGUGUCUUUGAAGGAAAGUUCCUCAAAAGCAUCCAGACAGCAGGAAACCUGGAUUCCUACGUAAAGGUGUGCUUGAUGAUCCAGAACAAGGUGGUGAAGACGAAGAAGUCGGAGGUGGCGAAGAAGACCGCCUGCCCCACCUUCAAUGAGUCCUUCACCUUCAAGCUGCCCCUGGCCAGCAUCGACACCGCCAGCAUCAGCGUGUCCGCCAUGCAAUACGUCAGUGGACACAAGGACAAAAUCAUCGGCAGGAUCGUCGUCGGAUCCUUUAUGUUCGCACGAGGCAAAGAACUGGACCACUGGAACGAGAUGGUCGCCAACCAGAGGGAGCAGGUAGCACACUGGCACGUCCUCACCUAGUCACGUGACAGCAGCCGGCCUGUGGACAGUCUUACUUCGUCGCUCGAGUCACGAUGGCGUCUUCUCUGCCUUCUACGUCCACCUGGUAACCAUGCCGACGACACGGCUUCUCCUGAGUGUGAACAGGUGGUGGGAUGUGACUGUUUCGUGACCAAACUGAUCGACAAUACCAGCAAUGGCAUCGGUUCCUCCAAGCAUAUCUUAAUACUGCCUUUUAUAUGGUUUUAUGUUGCCGGCCGACAUUGCUGUCUGCACAUCACUUUGCUGUUCAUUGCAAGAUUCUGUCCAAGCAUUUCAUCGUUGUUAUGAGUAUUUUCAAGAUUGCAGUCAACUUCCAAGUUGUCUAUUUUGCCACCAGCAAUGCCGCUAGACAUAAUUCUGUGCGCAUAGGUUCACAAGUCCAUAUAAUGCAGUAUUAUGCGAUCACAUUGAAGUAUUAUACAAUAUGACAAAACACUGAAAGGAUGUGUCACAAAGUCACAUGUCAAAUGUGGUUUUAUUCAUAGUUUUGAGAUAGAUGCUUGAAAAUCACAAUCUUUUUCCAAGUUCAUAAUACAAUUUUCUUCUAGAUAAUAUUUCAGAUGACAUCCGACAUGCUUUUAUAAUUGUAUGUCGAACAGGGAAUAAUUGUCACAGUAAUAAUUGUUACUUUUUGAAAGACAUCUGAAUCAAAGUUAUCUUAAUAUAGAAGCCUUUAAGCACAAAGUCGCUUUGAAAAAGACCCAAAUAUGGAAUUUUUGAACUAAUUUUUUGAAAUGUAUGAGCGCUGACGGGGUAUCAUGGGAAGAUACCACCAGUCCUGCUGAGACCUUCUCAUGAAGCUUUAACUUUGUUCCCAAUAAGCAGGUAGAAUUCUGUGUUUAAAGGCUUAUAAUUCGCGAACAAGACACUUUUGAGUUAUUUGUUUAUGUUUUGAAAGUUAAUGAACACAAUCCAAUUAUUCGAAAUUUGUUUAGGGGGAUGGGCCUUUAAGACAAAGCAGUGGACAGUUCUGUACAGUCAAAGUUGACAUCUGAGUUUGCUCGCUUUGAGCUUUGUUGCUUCUAGUUGUUAUACAUGCAAAUAUUUCAUGAGAAUGAUAAAAAAUCAUAAUGACUACCUUCAGUUGCCUUGAUUGGAUCAACCCUAAACAACUUACAUUUUCGAUACGUCACGUGAGAGAAAAUGGCAGAGUAAGCCUAGAGAGGGAUCCGCCCCUGUAGAGAGGAGUAAAGCUUUGCUAGACACCUGUAGGCUGUUGACCUGUGACCCUGACACCUGUAGGCUAUUGUGACCCUGACACCUGUGACCUGUGACCUAUCAAAGGGUGCUCACAGCACCAAAAGAUGCGGUAAAGAGUGAUGGGACUUGAUUAUGAAAUCUGAUUUUUCUCCCUUGUGCCUGCUCCUACAAACUAGCAGAAGUCACUGACAGGUCUGACAGUAGAUUCCAAUGAGACGAUUUCAACAGAUGUUAUAGAAGUCGUUUAACAGGGUUUUUUUCAUCAUUAAAGUGGCAAAGAUGGUAAAUGUUUAUUAUGUAUGAUGUUGAAAUAUUUUAUUAUUUAUUUUCAAGUAAUUAUUGUUGAAACCAAAACUCCUUUGGAUUAACUAGAAUGUGUAUAAACUAUACCUAAGGCUAUUAGUGAAGUGCUCAUCUUUAUAAGCCAAGUUUAUUUUGUAUCGAUGUUUAUAUUCUAUUUAUGUAGCUUUAUAUCAGUACUUCUGUUUAUCUGAUUAUUUACGUUUUUACAGUUAGUCUGUCGUAUUUGUAACACUAAGGCGAUGCUUAUAGACUAAUUUCGUAAACUGAUGUGAGAUUUGUAUGGAAAGAACUGACUUUGUUUGGUGACUGCCACUAAACCCACCUUUUAAAAGUAUCUGACAGAACCUUCAGAGUUCAGACACAAUGACAUUUUUCUAGUAUAAUUCAAGGCAAGGAGAAAAAGUGUAACAGCAUUUCUUUACAUUUUCUGCGACUUCGAACUGGUAAAAAUUAUUGUGAAGCAAUGCUGCGAAUCGUUCUAUUUACCUUUAUUUCAUUGCCAUGAACUUUAAUUCUCUAAAUUCUGAUAGAAUUUAGCUCAAUAAUUAGCAUUUAAAAAAGUUAUGCUUUUUGAUAUUUUUUGAUAGUAUAGCCAGCCAGUGUAAUGAAGAGCAAUGCAUCGUGAACAGAAGUUCUCGUGAUAAAGAAAACGACUAUUUCCCUCAAUAGGAAGCCUGUUUCCCUUUUUUUGGUGUGAAUAACCCCUACAAGAAGCCAGGUUAUCGAAUUAUCGACAGUAUAAAACGAUUAUGUCCCCUUGUCGAGACUCUUCAAUGUCCAGGGUUACUUCUCUGCUCCCAUGAUGCCCCAGCUGUUCAGAAAUCGUAGACACUGACUGACCUUUACAACAACAUUUCUGCCCGUCUAAACACUUUUUUCUGAUGCUUGAUGGUAUCUGAGAUUUCAGGAAAUCGAUUGGCUAGACACUUUCUGGCAACAAUAACUCAAAAUAAUGGAUGAGAACUGUCCGGAUAUCCAUGCACACGUGAGCCAGUCCCUUGGCUCUUGUCCUCGUUUUUGUGUCACCGAGCUGUAGCCACCAUCUUUCCUCAUUUCCUGCAACAGGACGAAAAUCUAAUUAUUCUGUAAAGUGAUUCUCGUGCUCUGAGCUCGUGACUGCUCGGUCACAUGACAAACAACAUGGCUGUGCCAGUCGGGCAUUAAUGUCAGGAGAAUUUUUCUUUCAUACUGGCAUUUCCUGCUGAAGAGAUUCUUUCUUUCUUUCCAUCUUUCUUUGGGUGUGUUUAAGCGGUGAAAGCCAUUUAAAUCCAGUUUCAUGCUGACUCCAAAAUCCAGUUUCAUGAAGCCUCAUUAUUUUCUUUUCUGCCAGGUGAAUGUAAACAAUAUAUAAAUAAUUAAGAAUACGUCUCACAUUUCUUACCUGAUUGAGCAGACAAAUAUGCCUUGUAAGAAGACUCGAGCUUUCGGUUUGAUAUUCAAGAAAAAAAUAAUUAUUACAAUUGUUCAUUAGUUUGUUCACUGGUCCCUUGAUUGAUAUCAGUUGACCAGUUGUUAAACUGAUCCCCAAGUACAGGUCGUUGGGGAGGCGGCAGGACCAUGUUUGAGGAAGGGGCGGACAACUUCGCUGAAUGUUGUGACUGGAGUGAUAACUCUUUGCAGUCUCGAUUGAAUGACCCGCGCAGUUCUUUCCGUUUUGUCAGCCAGUUCUUCCUCUGGUAACCUGAUGGACGGUCUUAGAGUACGGUGCCUGAUCACAUGACCAGACCAGAGCAUCUUCCUUCGCUUGACUGUUGGAAGAAGAGCUUCCUGGUAUCUCUAGAAUGGCGACCAUGCUCUGGACAAAUUGUUUUCAUAUCCUUGACCUGUAUCCCGUUCAUGUACAUCUGGAUCUUUGCUUUGCUGUUGGUGUCCAUGUUAAUCAUCAUGUUGCGCUUUCAGUGCUAGUCUCCAUCCCAUUCGGACUUGUGUCAGUCGGUUGGUGCUAAGUUCUCGUAGUUCGUUAUUGCUGCUUGUCAUCAGAUCAACAUCGUCUGCAAAGUGUAGAUUGCAUACCCAACAAUGUUGGGUGGAUAGGAGACUAGUGAGCAUUAGAAAAAGAAGGACAACUGAUUAUCUACCCAUGACAGAACGUAGGAUUGAUAAAGGGAGACUAUCGCUCUUACUGGACACACCCUAGCGGUCAUGUGGUAGUCGACGUUGAGUUCUUUACAAGUUGCCGGCCUUUGCAAGGAAUCGAUCUGAAGGUAGAAAAUAAUCUAUAUUUGUUUGGCAAAUGGUCCAGUUAACCAUUGCUACCCUACUUUAUUUGAGGUUCGCCCAGAACAGGUCCCAUGGCGGGGUGUGGUUGCGGCCCUUUGCUCUACUGGGGGUGAUAAGAAACAAGAAGAUAGCAAAAUUGUAUUUGAAAUGCACGCUAAUGCUAGAACCAUGUACUAAUUAGGUAUAUCAGUACAAACGUGACUUCUACAACUUUGACCUCUUUCUGGAUGGUAAUGAGUGUAGGCGUGUAUCUCGACCGGAAGUAGGCUAUCCACCCAGAUUUGGGAAGCAGUAUUUUGCCCUGGGCUUUACGCAAUCAUUAGAAAUGAAUUUGCGCCUUACUACACCUUUAACCGGCAAAAGGAACGUUUUGUAAAACUAUUCAUACACAUAUCCGCCAUCCGACAACAAACGUCGACUGUUAAGAAAGGUCCUUCAACGUUGCCAACGCUUCUAGAGUAGUCGCCCUUGUCUCUCUAGCCUGCCUUCCGUGUCUCCACAUGAGGACUGAGUAUGGAGUUCAGUGUUGCUAUGCUUUCACGCUAAACCCUUUUCUCUUUAUUGUCUUAGCAUCCAAUAUCAUGAUAUUUUUGUCCGCCUGAGUGUUUUAAAUGGAAAAAUUGAACUUUGGAUAGAAUGUUGGAGAGAGACAACAUGGAGCAGACAAAAAAGAAUGUGUGUGUGUGAUUAAUAGAUGACAGAAUUGACGGUUUGUGUAGAAAAGGAAGUGAUGUCACUGAGACAGUAAUGUGGAUACCUAUAUAUCUACAGAGAUAUAUAUACUUGUGUCUAUGCAUUCAUGUGUUGUGUGUCUGUGUAUAUCUAUGAAUGUAUGUCUUUACACGCGCGUGCACGUGCAGUACUCACAUUCGCACCCAUUGUCUCAUCCGACAAACAUUAAAACAACUUGAAUAAUAUUUUUUGGAUAAUCUGAUUGUGUUUUGAAAGGAAAAAUAUCCAAGCGCUCUUUUUUUAAGUCCCCAUAAACUAAUCAGGGUUGACAGAAGAUUUCAUGAAUGAAAAGAGAUGUAAACGCUUUUGUAGUCAACCCUUGCCUUAUAUCCAGUGCUUUACAUCAAAUUCGUCUCUCUUGCUUACAUGAACUGAGAGGCUGGGACCCAGGCUACAACAUCUCCAGCAAGUUUCAUCCAGAAAAUCUCCAUGCUGCUAGUUCUGUGCUGCAUCUACUUCACCACUCGAAAUAAAUCCUCAUGGUUGCACUUGAAUGAACCGACAAAGUACCAUUGGCAUGGGCUUCAAAUUUCCCCUGAGCCAGGCCCUGAGGGUACUCCUUCAGAUGGUGCUUGACAUCACCGCCAGGACAUUGUAGUUUCCUUUCAUGGAGCAAUCUCAGACCCACGGUCAAUUAGUUUAAGUGGAAGGCGGAGCACCUCGCGUGAUUUAUGGUCACGUGUGUCAUUUUAAUAUUCCCACUCUUCUCACUGCCGGAGGAAUGAGCUUUCGUCACCUUCCCCUCCGAAAUAAUGUAAAAGGGGGUUGAUAGCAUUCCGGGUUUGGAUGCAGGAUGUAAUCGCUGGCGUUAUUAGUAACAAAUAUUUAUUUGUAAUCUUGUUAAUAGCCGCUUAAAAGAAUGGUUUCAUUUUUUUCUUUUUCUUUUAAGAAUUUAGACAAAAAGAUGGAUACAGAUGAAGUCAGUGACAUUUAUCUUCUUGACGAUUGUACUCUCUUGCUCCAACUGCCGGAGCUAACAGUUUUAAGUUUCAGGUUUUUGUUGGCUCUUUGUCGGUUUUUUCCUUUGAGCACCACUGUCUCCCCUCGUCUGGUGUAUUUUGUAAUGAUGCUACCAGUGGGCGACAGUUUAUGUUGACGAUGGCUGAAUACAGUGGUGUCAGUGGGAUGCCAGCAGUCCCCGCCAUAUUCAGUUGUUGAACAGUAUUUGGUGAACAAACAUGGUAUCUGUUGUCUGGUCAGCAUGAAAAUGAUGAAAAUCUGGGUUUCUGUCUAAAUUUUGAUUGACAUGAGUGGAGCUUUGAGUUUGAGGUCUGGGGCCGUAGUUAUAAACCAAAGGUACAGUACCUCUGGGUUUGUUUUUUCUUCGGCUUUACCUACAACACUUCCAGACCCUCCGCAAACUGUCCUGCAAAACAAGACCUCUUGAUAGUCACCUUACCCCCCCCCCCCAGAUCUUACUCUUUUAAUAAUCACAGAGGACUGUGAUGUUUCUAAUUUAAUAUUUCAUAAUGAACACAGAGGUAACUUUUAAAAAUUUCUUAACGACGACCCUCGAUGAUGAAGUGGAAGUGAGAGAUGUUGUGUAUAGUAUUUAAUCUGCCUUGUGCUGUAUUUCAUACUUAGUGUUGUUUUGAUUCCAAUGAUAGUAGCUAAGCAAACUAAAGCUUCUGUACUACUUUACACCCUGCCAACAGACACAAUGUUAGUGCUGUAUAUUUGAUGCCGACUACAACAUGAGAACUGCUAGUGUAAUGUCAGCGCAUGUCACGUGUAAGGGUAAAUAUAUUCCCGCUGUAUCAUGGGUAACAUGCUGUAUCAUGUUAAUGCCACGCUAAAAUAAUAAACAUGUUUGUGUUGUAUCAUAGUGCAUCAUAGCAAAUGAAAUUAACUAAUUAAUUACUUAUUUAAUUUUUGUUGCUUACCUGGCAAUAAUUGUUCUCAUAUCAAUGUACAGAUCUUGCCAAAAUGUGUACAAUAAAGGCGAGCAUUUAAUUUUA